AUGUCUUCUGCCAGUAUACUUAUUCCCUCUAAAUUUAUUGCAAUUAUCCUGCACGUAAUUAUAUCAGGAUGCAUAUUAGCAAAUUAUGAAGACAAUAUUUUGUCAGCAAAUAUUAAUAAAUUAAACUCAGAUGGUUCUACUAAUAGUUAAUGGUCAACGGCAUAAGCAAGUAUUGUAGCUGCUAUGGUUACUUCUGAGAUAUUUUUAUUUAUUGAAAUUAUUAUCUUAUUUAUUGGAAUCAACAUGUACUGCGAUAAGCUUAACAUAUUACAAACAAUAGGUCAUAGCAUAGGUGUAAUUCUUUAUUCUUGGUUUACAUUAGAUAGCUGGAUGUAUAAUGAAAUUUGGUCUCCUUGGUUCUUUUUUAGUUUUUGCCCUUUUGCUGGUGAGAUUUACUAGGCUGUUUCAUCAUUACUUUAUUACAAAAGAUAUAGAGCUUGA